UAAAAUCAAUUUUAUUAAAUAUAAACUCAUACAUUUAACAAAGAAUAUGAGUUUCAAAUAACAGUGGCAGUGUAUUAUAUCUAGAGUGAACCACGUUUUCUCCAUUGUUCAGUUAGUUUCAUUUAACACUUCUUACAAAGUAAUAGAACUACUGCUUUUAGAUAAACCUUAGUUGUAAAGAAUAACAUAGCUGAAACCAUCACAAAAAAUCUAUAGUAGCUAAAUAAUAUCAAAUUAAAAUUAAUCUUACUUUUCCACAAUAAAAUCUAAGGUUAGAACUCAAAAAAAUAUGAAAUUCACCUGAUAAUCUCGACCUAAUAUUCAAACUUAUAUGGAAAUGAUGCCAGAUCAUAUGAAUCUAAAAG